GUGGUCUAAAACACUAACAUGGGAUAUGUCUGUAUAAAAUUCAAUUGUUCUUCUGUUGUGGUGCACAGAGUCAGCCAAUGGAUAUAACCUUACAUGUAUAUAACCUUACAUGUAUACGCACUCAUUUUUCGGUGUCAGUGUUACAAAAACGUAUAUGAUCAAAUGAUGACUAAUUUCCUGUUUUUAGACAAACGGACAAGAUAUUUGACACGCUGUUAUGUCAGCUAUGUAUAAGAUUGACAUGAUCGAUUUUGAAAUGUUACAAUACAAGUAAUGGAAAAUAAGACGCUGGAAUGUAGGGAGCUGCUGAUAUUGAUAGUGUACAGAAAAAGAAUAUUCUAGUAAGAGUCUAUGGAAUAGUUAUGAGAGCGUUUUCUUCUCCUACUCGGUGGAUCAGAAAUGAAAUGGAAUUGCGGCUUCUCAUUUCGUUUUGUGUGUAAACUUAUAGACCUGUUGACCGCAGGCAUGGCGAGCGACUGGCGGACCGACAAGAGCUGGCGUGAGCGCUACAUGUACAUGUUCGAAGAAGGUGUCGGAUGUGACGUCACCUUUAUUUUGGGGGAGGGGAGACACGUGGCGGCUCACACGUUCGUCCUCAUCAGCCGCAGCGCCGUCUUCGAGGCCAUGUUCUGUGGCUCGAUGGCCGACAAGAACACGCAGACGAAGACCAUAAAAAUUCCCGAUGUGGAAGUUGACAUCUUCAUGAAGUUUAUCCGGUUCCUUUACAUUUCCGAAAUCGACAUUGAUGAAUUCAACACACUUCCGGUUCUUUAUGUCGCCCGGAAGUACUGCGUCGAGGACCUGGUGAAAAUCUGCGCGGACUAUUUGCACGAGAGGAUGACACCAGACACCGUCUGUGAAAUUCUUGAGCAAGCGCACACUUACGAUAUCGAUGAUUUGAAAAACAUGUGCUUACAGUUCAUUUAUGAGAACGGCAAUUCUGUUCUUAUGUCCAGCGCGUUUAGUGAGCUAUGUUUUGACUGUGUCCAACAGAUCAUAAAGUCCAAUGAUCUGUUUGUAGAAGAAAGUGACGUAUACACGGCUCUGACGUCAUGGGCCACCAAGGAAUGUGCUAGACAAAAUCUGGAGUCGACCGGGCUGAAUAAACGGGGCGUUCUGGGGAAACUGUUGUACAAAAUCAGAUUUCCGACCAUGGAUCGACUGUUUUUCACCGACAUCGUAUCGACAGACGACAUUCUGACCAGCGAAGAGAAGGUUGCGCUCUUUCAACACAUGUUUGGUUCGUUUGCGAAGCACGAGUUGUCAUUCUCCGCCGUGAAACGAGAGGCGAGGCUUAUCAGAUGUCUUCGAUUUCCGAAGAACGAGCAAGGUGGGAUAAACUGCGAACCAGGUUUCAAAAAUUCGAAUUUCGGAAUUGAUGUUCGCAUUUCGGAUGACAUCAUGCUGCACGGCCUAAUUCUGUUUGGGGCAUGCUCGACUUCAAUCCAUUCUAGUUCAUCAGAUUCCGCCUUUCGAUCGAACAACCCAGCGAACGCACCAAUCACAGACCAGCACGUGAAAAUCAUUAUUUACGCCGUGCCGCACCAGUCAGAAACUUACACGUUCGAGUUUGACAGCAUUGACAUUCCGCAACAGGAAACAUACCAGAUCUUCAUUAAGGAACCAGUGUGGUUGAAGAAAGGUCGAAUGUACGCCAUACAGGUUAAACUGGAUCUAUUUCUCCCCUAUCAAACUUACAGCGGAAAUGGCGGAUUUUCCGAAGUCGAGACCGGAUCUGUUCGGUUCAGUUUUUUCACACAUCCGUCUCUGAUCGCCACCACGGCGGAAAAGGGACAGAUCGCCGGUCUUCUCUUCUCUAAACUUCCCGACCCCGACAGGAUGGAAGUUUCUCUGUCGCCAAGAGGCUCCCCGGUGAAAAGGGAGCUAAGUCAAAAAGAGGAAGGAAAACCGUUCUUUGUCAAGAAAGAGUUGUUUCCCUCUAGUUCAUAUUGAAAAUAUAACCCACGAGUGCUUUCAUUGUAUGUAAAAAGAUUUUUCUCAUUCAAUGUAGAUUUAAUUUACAGGAUAAAUGUCUUUGAUAUAAUGUUUUAUUGUAUUCCAGAGUUCUAUUUAUUUAUUUAAGUUUUUGAAUAUGUUAGUUAUCGUGUGCUCUCAAAUAUUUUCCAUUAAUUUACAAUUCCUUUACAUAAGUGUCAACAGUAUAGCAUUUGGUCGCUGCAGCCGUGACGAACAUUGUAAUCUAUUUAACGUACUAAUAUAUGCGCAUAUCAUAUUCAUGUAUAUCUAUGACGAUGCGUCUAUAAAUCGGUCGCUUUCCUAAUGGUUUGAAUGAUUUGAGUGCUUAUUUACGACUACGCAUUUAUAAAACAGUCGAAGUUCUGAUCAGUUGAAUGAUUGAAUGCAUAUUUGUGACACAGUCGAUGUUCUGAUUAGUCGAAUGAUUGAAUGUAUAUUUGUUACACAGUCGAUGUUCAGAUCAGUUGAAUGAUUGAAUGUAGAUUUGUGACACAGUCGAUGAUAGAUCAGUCGAAUGCCUUCAAUGCAUAUUUGUGACACAGUCGAUGUUAGAUCAGUCGAAUGCCUUGAGUGCAUAUUUGUGACACAGUUGAUGUUGGAUCAGUCGAAUGCCUUCAAUGCAUAUUUGUGACACAGUCGAUGUUAGAUCAGUGGAAUGCCUUGAAUGCAUAUUUUUGACACAGUCGAUGUUAGAUCAGUCGAAUGCCUUGAAUGCAUAUUUGUGACACAGUCGAUGGUAGAUCAGUUGAAUGCCUUGAAUGCAUAUUUGUGACACAGUCGAUGGUAGAUCAGUCGAAUGCCUUGAGUGCAUAUUUGUGACACGGUCCAUGUUAGAUCAGUCGAAUGCCUUGAAUGCAUUUUUGUGACACAGUCGAUGUCCAGAUCAGUUGAAUGAUUGAAUGCAUAUUUGUGACUACACAUUUAAAAAUAGGUCACCUCUAAGAUCUUUUAAAUGAUUUGUAUGCAUAUUUGUGACAACGCAUUUAUAAAUAGGUCAAAUCUCAGAUGUUUUGAAUGAUUUGAAUGCAUAUUUUUGACUACGCAUUUAUAAAUAGGUCAACUCUCAGAUCUUUUAAAUGAUUUGAUUACAUAUUUGUGACUACGUAUUUAUAAAUAGGUCGACUCUCGGAUCUUUUAAAUGAUUUGAAUGCGUAUUUGUGACUACGCAUGUAUAAAUAGGUCAACUCUCAGAUCUUUUAAAUGAUUUGAAUGCGUAUUUGUGACAACAUAUUUAUAAGUAGGUCAACUCUCAGAUCUUUUAAAUGACUUGAAUGAGUAUUUGUGACUUAUAAAGAGGUCAACUCUUAGAUAUUUUAAAUGACUUGAAUGCGUAUUUGUGAACACAUAUUUAUAAGUAGGUCAACUCUCAGAUCUUUUAAAUGACUUGAAUGCGUAUUUGUGACUUAUAAAGAGGUCAACUCUCAGAUCUUUGAAAUGAUUUGAAUGCCUAUUUGUGACAACACAUUUAUAAAGAGGUCAACUCUCAGAUAUUUUGAAUGACUUGAAUGCGUAUUUGUGACUUAUAAAGAGGUCAACUCUCAGAUCUUUUAAAUGAUUUGAAUGCAUAUUUGUGAGUACUCAUGUAUAAAUCAGUCGCUUUCAACAUCUUUUGAAUGAUUUUACUUCAUGACAACGUUAUGUUACAGGUGUAUUUCAGACUGCCUUUUUUAGGGAACAUGAUUUUAUUGUUCUUAUGAUUUUGCGAUUUGCAGACUACCAGAUUUAAUGGGGAACAGUAUGUGUCCGAAAUAGAAGUGAAACCAUUAACAUUAUGACCGACUAUUUUGUUUUUAUUGCAAACUUUGUUAAUUUUCAUGUUAUUGUUUUAUAUAGUUAUAAGCUUGUUUAGUUAGCGACGCAAUACCAUUUACUUGUGCGAUAUUUAUGUUUUCAUUUGUCAAUGCUGCUGUGGACAAUUUGUAUUUAAAUAUAUAUCAAGAGUAAGAAUGCGUCAACAUGAACUGUUUGGUAUUUGUUUUGUUAGUCAUUUAGAGUUUUAGCUGGGUUUUGAAAGGGACAGGGUGCUGCAGAAAAGGGAGAGGGUGCUGCAGAAAAGGGAGAGGGUGCUAAGGUUUAAAAGGGCACACUGUGUCAGGCUUUGAAGACAUUGAACAUUUGUCUCAUUUGUAUUAAGUGAAAUCAUAUUUGAUUACUAGUAUCUGAAGCAUUUAAUUCUAUUCAUGCAGCAAGAUGAACAUUCUGGUCUCCAUGCGGGCAGAAGGGUGCUUCCAAAAAAGGACAGAUUGCAGCACCCUCUCAUAACUCUUUAUCUAAAACCCUAGUUGUUCAUAACCCUAGUUGUUCAUUUACGUUUACUAUUCAUUGGUAAAUACUUGUUUGGCGUUGGUUUAGACUAGAUGAUGUGUCAUGAUUAUACUCGCUCCCCAUUCAGACGGUAGUCAAGCCUUUAUUUGAAUAAAACUUGAAUAAUAA